AUGUCGGCCCCAGAAGCCUCCCAACCCUUGCACGAUGAGAACCCACAAUCGGAUCAAAUACAAGCAGCUCUUGUUGCUGAACACGAUAGCGCCCUGGGCGGCGACGACGACGAUCUUGCAAGCUUGAAUUUGCCUGCCCCGGCAAGAGGUGGCCAAAGCUCCACGGCUUCGAUAACUUCGACAGUCCUGAAUUACAAAUACGAGGUCAGGGCGUUUGUGGCAACCAGAGGCGGAAGCCAAACAGAACUGAUAUUUGCUGCUGCCAGAAUGGACGCCGAUACCACGCAUACCGGGAAGGAGAAUAUAGAACAAGAGCGUCUUGAUAUCCACCAUCACAUUUUCAGCCUGGUACUCGGUGGAGAGCUCUACUGUGCUCCUAUCCCGGAGGGGGUGUCGAGUAUCUUGGAUCUCGGGACGGGGACCGGUGUAUGGGCAAUUGACAUGGCAGACAAAAUGCCUCAAGCAAUUGUCACUGGAAUUGACCUGAGCCCGAUCCAACCCACAUGGGUACCCCCAAAUUGCCGGUUCGAGGUUGACGACUUCGAACUCGACUGGAGAUACACAACUCCGUUCGACUUCAUUCACGCUCGAAACAUAGAAGGAUCGGUCAAGGACCACAGAAGACUAUUUCGGCAGGCAUGGGAAAACUUGACCCCCGGUGGCUGGCUGGAAGCGGCCGAUGCCACCGUGGGGGUCUUCUGUGACGACGAGACAAUCGAACGAGCACCAAAUCUGCUCCAAUGGCGUGAACAUCUGGUGGAGGCGAGUCGUAUAUUCGGAAAGCCCAUGGGCGUUGCACAACACUAUAAGGACUGGCUGACGGAGGCAGGAUUUGUAAAUGUCAAGGAAGUGAUCAAAAAGGUGCCCUUCUCGCCGUGGCCAACGAAUCCAAAAUUGAAGGAGCUGGGAAGCUAUCAACAGAUCUUGAUGCUGGAAGCUCUCGACGCGUAUUCAUUUGCCUUGUUCACGAGAGUCUUAGGGUGGAGUCCGCCUCAGAUCCAGGUGUUGCUGGCCGGCGUGAGAAAGGAGCUUCUGGAUCGGAAAUUCCAUGGCUAUUCAAAGCUAUAUUUUGUGUAUGGGCAGAAGGAGCCCUGA